UUUAGUUUUAUGACAAAGUUGACUGAUUUCAUUAGUACUUUUUAUCAGUUUAUCCUGGGUGUGGUAACUGUGGUUGAAAUUAAAGAUAAUUAUUUUUGCUGCAAGAAGAAAGGAGAGAUGUUUGAUAUUUUCUUUGAAUAUCUUUCUGAUCUAUUCAGUUUUCCUGUGGACAGGGUCCGCUAUGUGACACUGUUCCUUGUAUCUUUUCCAUUGGCUAGUCUCCUCCGUAUUGUUCUUCAUUAUUCAUACACUAGUCCUACCAUCAGACACACUGUAUCUGCUCUACUCGGCCUCCUCUUUGGAUGGAUGUGCUUUCAAUGGCAGGUAUUUUAUCUGAUAGGGUUUGUAUCAGUUGGUUACAUAUUACUAAUCACACUACCACCAACCAUUGUACAAAGAUAUUCAAUGAUAUAUGCCCUCAUUGGUAUUAGUACUGGACACAUUUAUCGUUUAAUAACUGAUUAUGGAGGAUACACUCUUGACUUUACUGGUCCACUGAUGCUGCUGGUUCAAAGGGUCUCCUAUGUUGCUUAUGCUUAUCAUGAUGGAGUAGCAAGGGAUGAAAAGGAUCUCAGUGAUGAUCAAAAGAAACUGAAAAUUAGGUAAAG